CAAUUUAUAUCAGGUACUUAUAUGGACAUAUUAACAUGGUCUGGGGACUAAACUUGCUUUUUAGCCACAGUUCAUUCUCUUCUCUGAUCUCUCUCGUUGACUGGCUUCUCAAAGUCCAAAUCCCCAAAGAAAAAAUUGGGGGAAAAAAAAAACAACAACGAGAACGAAGGUGAGGAAGGCCCUUAGGUUCACCAAAAAUGUCCAUUAACGUUCCUGUGGGAAUGGGAAGCGCCGCCGAUCCACGAGUUCCUCUGAUGAACUUGUCUGCAGUCAGGGAGAGAUUGGAUUUGUUGCAGCGGUUCCUGGCUGAAUCGGUCAAUGGCAAAACACUAAUCAGCCAAAAUCAGAUGGAAAUGGUGUCCUCCGAAAUCUCCUCUGCCAUCCAACAGACCAUCGUCAACGGCGCCGCUCUUCUCGCUUGCUCUCAAUCCAUUGAGCCGCCUCCAAUGCCUGCCGAGCUCCGCUAUCCCCCGGAUCGGAAGAAAGGUAAAGAGCAAGAGCAAGAGAAGCAGCUGUCGUUCCAAUUCAAGGAUGAAGUAGACCGGGAAGAGGGCGACUCCGACGGCAGCGGCGACAUAGUCGAGCUGGACGCGGUGGAGCUGCUGGCGGAGCACGCCCACUUCUGUGAGAUAUGCGGGAAAGGAUUCAAGCGCGACGCGAAUCUGAGGAUGCACAUGAGGGCCCACGGGAACCAAUUCAAGACCCCGGAGGCCCUGGCAAAGCCCGCCGCGGCGGCGACCAGCGACGGGACGAGGAAGUCGAGAUUCUCCUGCCCCUUCGAAGGAUGCAAUAGGAACAGGAAGCACAAGAAGUUUCGGGCUCUGAAGUCGGUUAUCUGUGUGAAGAACCACUUCAAGAGAAGCCACUGCCCCAAGUUGUAUUCCUGCAAUCGCUGCCACAAGAAGAAUUUCUCUGUUGUGGCCGAUUUGAAGAGCCACCUGAAGCACUGUGGCGAGUCGCGGUGGAAGUGUUCCUGUGGGACUAGCUUUUCAAGGAAGGACAAGUUGUUUGGGCACAUGGCCCUGUUCGAAGGCCAUAUGCCUGCUGUAGAAGGCGAAGAAGAAGAAGUCAAGGGCAGCAAAUUAGGCGGAGCAAUGAGGGAAUACGAAGAGGAGGAAGGCUUCUUUGAUGGGUUGCUGGAUGGAGUUGGUGCUGGGUCUACGGAUUGCAACCGUUUGCAGGAUGUUUUGGAGUAUCCUACAUCCUCCAAUUGGGUUGCUGAGAUGUCAUCGUUUUGUGGAUUUGAGCUGUGAUUUGCGUUGUUGAUCAACUACCCAGGUGCAAAGUUUCUGUCUUUCCCUCUCUGCUUGAUGAUGAUGAUAAAUGUAUGUCUUAUGAGUUCUUCAUUCCCUGUAAACUAAAAUGGUAAGUUGUUCGGUUUGGUUUUUGCUUAUGUAUACAUAUAUAUAGUUCUCAUAUAGGAAUGAAAUCAUUUGUGGUAGAGAGUGCAAAUCAGAAGUUCUUGUUUGUGCUCAAUUGGGUUGGUUCUUUGUGUCGUGUGCUUUGUUGAGUUAAUUGGUCGGCACAAGAUAUCGAUUUAUGAGUCAGUUCAAAGCUUAGUACCGAGGGGCUCAUCAGCACAUUCUUGAUGUAGCUUUGUGGCUUUUCUCUUUCUACUCACCAGCUCCCAACGUAUGUGGCUUCCUAGGAUUUCAUUUCCAUACUCAGCUGGUUUUCUUCAUCCCGUGCAGUUCAAAGCUGAUGGUCUUUGAACUCCAUUAAAUUAGCCCCUUUGAUCCGAGGAUGUACCCAUCUGGUUAUAUCUUGAUCUCAAAAUCUUCCUUAACUGGACUUGGAAAUUGUGCAUUCAUUCUAUGAAUUGUAGGAAGAACAGUAAUGUUAUGUGGGGAGGCCCCAACCCAGUUGAUGGGAUUGGUGAAAGGUUGCUUCAUCUUAGUUCAGAGUAGGCAGAGAAUACAGAUUCCAAUUUGGUUGGCGGCCAACUGUGAGUUGGCUGAUGGCUCAUAGUCAAAACGUUUUCUGCGACUGCAACUAGGUGACUGGGUGGUGGUGGUGGGUCGAGGGAACGUUCCCUUGAAUGGUCUUCAUGCCAUAGAGGAGAGAUGUCCCAUCCUGUUCCUACUUCUCAACCUCUGGCCCGCUGACUCACACAUAGUAAUCCUGCUUUCGAAAUUUACUAGGAGACGUCAUAUGCUGUGUGGCUAUCCUUAUAAGUCACCUGGAGACUAGCAACUCAUCACCGUUUCAGGCCUCAUACCACUCAAAUUCACACAAGUUCAAUAUAAAAUCAAGACUGAAUUGGGAUCAGACUGGGUCAAUACCGGAUUGUAUCCAAUUCAAUUUUUAGUCCUUAUAUUUCCGAAAGGACCGGAUUGGGAUCGGAUCAAUUCAGGUUAAUUUAAUUGGACAUGACUGUAUAGCCACCCUAAUUGUUUUGUCGUAGCCCGAUUGAAAUUGAAACUAAACCUCUCCCGCAACCUUUAAAAUUAACUCAAGAAUAUGAUUCCAAUUUGGGAUUGUGUGGUUCGUUUGGUGUUGCUAGGUGUCUGUCCGAGCUCCUAUAAUCUUAUCCAACGUAGUGACUAGUAAGUAGUGACCUUGCCUUGCCUUUUUGCAUCGCGGCAUGGAUUAGCGGAAUAAAAUGGAUGUUUAUUU